AUGCUUCGCCUACUAGUGUUGACCUUGUGCGUGCAGAGCCUGCUGCAGGUAGUACCAAUGAUGGUCUUGGCAAAGCCAGACUUUGGCAUCAACCUGCCGAUCACGGGUAGCGGAAAGGUGUCGCAGGCGAUUAAUGAUGCGAAAGAUGUGGUGGAUGCGGUGGACGAAAACACGCUCUAUACCGCCGAAUCGGACUACCCGGGACUGCAGGACCUAGCGGAUCUACUGAAGAGCAUGGCCGAACUGACGGUGAGGCUGAGCGACGAGCUGGUGCCGCUGGUGACGUCGCUGGUGGCGGAUAUGUCGGGCAAUGUAGCGGGUGCUUUCGGGCCCGUGUUUACGAAGAUCGCCGAUAUUAAGACGGCGAUCGGCACAGAAAUGCCCAUGGACAAUAUUGCCAUCGGGGAACUCGUGGGCCAUUACGUGCCGGAACAGUUCACCGACGGUUUCGCGCGCAUCACCGACGGGCUCACUGAACUAGAGACUAUCCUAGGCAGCCUGAAGACUGCCAUCGACGCAGCUGUACUGCAGGCAGGUGCCGAUGCCAUCACACCGGCGAUCGUAAAGAAGAACGUCAAACCGGCACUGGUGUACCGGGUAGUGUUUUCCAUCAACCAGCUGAAGGCUUACAUUCCGGAGGUGAAGUACACUAUCGACAGUACGCUCGAAAACAUCAACCUGGCCGAUGACUACGUGUUGCUGGUGUCCAGUGCGAUGCUUGCUUCCGACGCCACCACCACACAACUGCAGGCUCAGAUGAGCGCUGUCACCGACGCCAUUUCCACCACCGUAGAAACCGCUCUCGAUGGCUACGUGGGCGACUUCGAUACGUUGGAGUCCAACGUUGGCGACUACGCAGCCGUGGCGGCUGCCACCGACUACACCACGCUCACGACCGCCCUAGAAGCGUACAAGGCUCACCUGGAUACGCUCCAGCCUACCAAAUACCCGGCCCUCGACGGAUAUCUGGCGGCGCUACUCGAAGUGUUCAACACAGCGCUCCCCAGUUCUGGGUCAUCCGGUGGGAUCUCGUCGGACCUCCUGGACAGCCUCAUCCUCACGCUGAUCGAGAACGGCCGCUACGCCCAGUUCUGCUUCUACAAGUACUACGGACUGGUGCUCGCCUUCCUCACCACGAUCGCCGAUAACGCCAGCCUGUGCUUCGACAAGGAAGAGCGUCGGUUGACGUACCUCAAGGACUCGCUGCCACUGAUCACUCAGCUGCUUCCGUUCGACUUCGACAUCAUCCUGGACCAGGUGGGCAUCUGUGAUACGAUCACCGAUUCAACAACUCUUGGCGAAUGCAUUACCACGUUAUCCGGGUUCUAUACCGCAAUUGCCACAGAGUUCGGACACAAGCUGCAGUACUUGUUCGAUCUGAUUGACGCGGAAACGGAGGCAAGCGGUAACCGGUUCCUUAUCUGCAUCGAGCUGGUGAAGCUCAACCUGGUCGAGAUCAGUGAAUCGAACCUGCAGGACGAAAUUCGACAGUGUGCGUUGGAUGGUCCGACGGCGGACGACAAUAUUUAG